ACAACUGAUUGUCAAUGCGUGCAAAUCACAAUUAGUUAAGGCAAACAUUGCAUUCCAUUCAACAACAUAAUAAUAUUAAUCAUCUUCCGAUUCUGUUGAGUACUUUCAUCAUAAGGCGUGAAAAUUAAUUAUCAGAUGAAUUUUGAGAACGAUUACACUGUUCACGUUAAUGCUUACCUUGAUAGCAAUGCAAAUUAUAGCUUCAGGACAAUGACAGAAAAUAGAAAAAGAUCCCGUGAAGAUGAUACUUGUGAGUUUAUGCCGUUGUCAAAAAGGAUCAACAAUUUACACAUCAAUAAUAACCUUUCAAGUACAACAGUUUCACACAGCCAAGAUACAAGGCUCAACGGCAUAGCUACGGAGAAUGGAAUUACCUCACCCCAUGGAUCUCCACCAAACUCUGAAAGAAGACCAAGUUAUGAUCCUGGUGUUAAUUCUUCAGAGAGCAAUUAUUUUUAUGAAAACAAACUUUUGUUUGAAUUGCAUUUAGAGAGAAUACAGAGAUCUGGUCAGCAAUUCCCGUUUUAGAAUAACUUCCUAGAUAUAAAUGUCUUGUGUACCUACAAUUAUUUUUAUGCUUACUUUAAAUUAAAGUUAUUUAUAGAAACAUUAAACUUAAGUAUGUAUUGUAAAUUGUAAA